GUACGGGACAACAGCUUCUCCUGAGAAGUUUGUGUGCGGGUUCUCCACGUUCCUGUCCAGCAGAACCCUCUUACUGCAGGACUUUCACGCUUACGCAAUGGGACCCUGUUUAUAUCCGGGCCUUUGUGUGCUUUUCUUACAGAAUAUCGGCUAGUGUCGGGGGUUUAAGAGUGAAACAGGGUGUUGGUGGUGUGCUGGUGGUGGUUUUUUUUUUUUCCUUUCUUCACCCCCUCACCUCCUCUCCCCUCAGCACACAGUUUUGGAGUUGGAGGGCCAAGAUGGCCGCUGAUCCCAUGCAGGAGGCUUCAGAGGAGCUGGAUUUUGGAUAAUGAGCAGCUCUGACAGCAGUGUAGCUGCUCAAAGCAGGGUCACAUGGCGUCAGAUCGGCUGGGCCUGGGUCAUCACCUGGACCUGUCAGACACCAUGGUGCAGCAGAAGCUGGAUGAGAUCCGCGAGCAGAUCAAACGCGAGAUCCGAAAAGAGCUGAAGAUCAAGGAGGGGGCGGAGAACCUGCGGCGCGUCACUACGGAUAAGAAGAGGCUGGCGUAUGUGGACACGAUGCUGAAGAAGAGCAACAAGAAGGUGGAGGAGCUGCACCAGGAACUCCAGGAGCUCAAUGCUCACAUCGUGGUCAAAGAUCCAGAAGAGCUCCUGUUAGAAUGCCCUCUGACACCGGACACGCCGAACAGCGAGAGCCGCCUGGCAGCGCUGAAGAAACAAAUCCACAUCGAACUCAAAGUGAAACAGGGAGCAGAGAACAUGAUCCAGAUGUACUCCAACGGCUCGUCCAAGGAUCGGAAGCUCCUGGCUGCCGCACAGCAGAUGCUUCAGGACAGUAAGAUGAAGAUCGAGUUCAUCAGGAUGCAGAUUCUGAAAGCCAGCCAGAGUCACGAGCUCAGCUUCGACACUCAUCACCUCAUUGAAAAGCCCAUUAUCAGUCCUCUGGACCUGCGGGUGGAGGAACUGUGUCAUCAUGCUCGCAUCGAGCACGCUGUCGCUGAAGGAGCGAAGAACGUCAUGAAACUGCUCGGCUCGGGCAAACUGGCUGAGAAGAAGACUCAUUCAGAGGCUCAGGCCCGCUUUAAUGAGUCCAGUCAGAAGUUGGACCUGUUGAAGUUGUCGUUGGAGCAGCGUCUGAGCGAGCUCCCCCCUCAGCAUCCCAAGAGCAGCGUGAUCAUGGAGGAGCUGGUGUUCAUGAGCUCGGCCGCUCUGAGCCCAAGACACAGCCUCGUCUCCACACACACACCGUCACCGUACGGCACGCUGGCCAAACCUGCCGCUCUCACUGGAACGUUAGAUGUGCGGCUGAUGGGAUGUCAGGAUUUGUUGGAGAAUGUUCCAGGUCGAUCGAAGGCCGUGACGGCGUCUCUGCCCAGCUGGAGCCCCAGUGACACACGGUCGUCCUUCAUGAGCCGCCACAGUCGCAGCCGCAGCCUCUCCAAAACCGACGAGCUCUCCAAUGAGAUCAGUGCUGUAUUGAAGCUUGAUAACACCGUAGUGGGACAGACGAGCUGGAAACCCGUCAGUAAUCAGUCGUGGGAUCAGAAGUUUACACUCGAGCUCGAUCGGUCUCGUGAGCUGGAGAUCUCAGUGUACUGGAGGGACUGGCGUUCUCUCUGCGCUGUGAAGUUCCUCAGGCUGGAGGACUUCCUGGAUAACCAGCGUCACGGGAUGUGUCUGUACUUGGAGCCGCAGGGGACACUGUUUGCUGAGGUAACUUUUUUUAAUCCCGUGAUCGAGAGGAGAACCAAACUGCGGAGACAAAAGAAGAUUUUCUCAAAGCAGCAAGGGAAGACAUUCGUCAGGGCGCCACAGGUGAACAUGAACAUGGCGACGUGGGGGCGACUGCGCAGAGCGAUUCCCUCCAUCAGCAACUCAUUGAGCCCACAGAGCGGAGCGGAGCAGGGGACAGAACCGGGGCGCAGGGUUCAUCCACACACACACACUCCGAUCAGUGACUCAGCGGUGACUAAGCUGGAUUUCAAUAAAGACGCCACGUCUGGCUCGAAGCGUUACUCGUUGGGCCGAACCAGAGACCCACUACAGGACGAGAAGCUCCACAAAGAACAAGUGCAGGACGCUCUGAGAUCAUUCGACUUCCUGAACAACAGGAACAGUGUAGUGGGAACAUCGGAGCUCAAACACGCCGCGGAGGACGAGAUACAGAUUGAAACACCGCAACUGGAGCUGAUUGCUGUCCGGAAGCGCAGGGAGAUCAGGGAUGAGGAAGAGGAGGAUGAAGAGGAGCAGUUCCACUUCAGUCUCAGAAACUUUAAAUGUAUCGCAGUGUUGGGACGCGGCCAUUUUGGAAAGGUUUUAUUAGCUGAGUACAGCAUCACAGGAGAAAUGUUCGCCAUCAAGGCUCUAAAGAAAGGAGACAUCGUUGCUCGUGAUGAAGUCGACAGCCUGAUGUGUGAGAAGAGGAUCUUUGAGACUGUGAACAGCGUUCGGCACCCGUUCCUCGUCAACCUGUUCGCCUGCUUCCAGACCAAAGAGCAUGUGUGUUUUGUGAUGGAGUACGCAGCAGGAGGAGACCUCAUGAUGCACAUCCACGCUGACGUCUUCUCAGAAUCGCGUGCCAUGUUUUAUGCAGCGUGUGUCGUCUUGGGGUUACAGUUCUUACACGAGCACAGGAUUGUGUACAGAGAUCUGAAGCUGGAUAAUUUACUGCUGGACACGGAGGGUUACGUGAAAAUCGCAGACUUCGGGCUCUGUAAAGAAGGAAUGGGCUUCCAGGAUCGGACGAGUACUUUCUGUGGUACACCAGAGUUCCUGGCCCCCGAGGUGCUAACAGAGACGUCAUACACCCGUGCUGUGGACUGGUGGGGGCUUGGAGUGCUCAUCUUCGAAAUGCUGGUUGGCGAGUCUCCGUUUCCUGGUGAUGAUGAAGAGGAGGUGUUUGACAGCAUCGUGAACGAUGAGGUGCGUUACCCGAGGUUCCUGUCCACUGAGGCCAUCUCCAUCAUGAGGAGGCUGUUGAGGAGGAAUCCUGAGCGACGUCUGGGAGGAGGAGAGCGCGACGCUGAGGAAGUCAAGAAGCAUCUGUUCUUCCGAAACAUCGACUGGAACGGACUGCUGGCGAAGAAAGUGAAGCCACCGUUUGUGCCGAUGAUCCACGGAGCGAGCGACGUGAGCAAUUUUGACGACGAGUUCACAUCGGAGGCGCCGGUGCUCACCCCUCCCCGAGAACCACGCCCACUGAGCCGGGACGAGCAGGAGAUGUUCGCUGACUUCGACUAUAUCGCUGACUGGUGUUAGCAACCGCACACGCGCACAUGCUAGCUCACCUGGACCUCAUUAACCACUGUGAACACCACUCUGCUUCCACUUCCUGUUCCACUCUCGCACGCAGGACGCUUUUACUCAAACUAGAACCAUCAGCGAAGAGCAGCGUGGACCAGGUUUGAUAGAAACUCACUCGCUUUACGAAGGACAAGUGCGACGCUCCAGGUUUAAUCUCCUGAGUACAAGCCCCGCCUACCUACACUGCCUCUUCGUGAAGGGAAGGACACUGAGAUUUUAACGUUUCCGUGGUAACAAUAUUGAAAACCGUGAUAAAUGUGCCACUGUUUUACAGGAGUGUAUUUACCACUACAGGCUCCGCCUCUUUGUUCUUAACGGACACGACCGUCUGACUACAUGAUAACAUGCUACGUAGACUAUGCACAUCCUGAUUUCGCUAAAAGACACGACACAUUGACAUGUUCAGGGGUCAACUAGGUAUGUUACGUGAAAUUUCAUCCAAAUUCGCUAAGCUGAUUUUACGAUAAUCACAAUAGUUUACGUAACAUUCGUAAAUCUGGCUUGGGUUCAUAAUUACUUAGUGAAAUCAAAGCUAAUGUUAGCUACCGUGCAUUUAACUUUUGACUUGUGGUCAAAAUAAUUUACCCAACAUUACUUCAAUAGAUCGCUAGGCUAGCUAUCUUGCUAACACUUUGCCAGUAGAUUUGGUUUUAUGUUUUAAUAGUUAGCCCAGUGUUAACUAGCUUGCUGGAAAUGUUUUGUUUUAAUUACAUACAAAAUAGUUGUGUAUCAUAAUAAUAUGUAAUAGAUAUUUACUAGUGUGUUUUAUAUAUACAAAUAAUUUCUGAAAGUAUCCAGAUGUCCCACUGCAGCAGGUUGGCAUCUGACUGAUGUAACCUGGUAAACUUGGAGCAUCAGUAGGUGCUUUCGGACCAGAGGAAUUUUUUCAUAGUUCUUAGAACUGUUGGAGGAAGUUCCUUUUUUCUUUGUGUGCCACAUUUCAGGAACUGAGGACAAUCGUAGCUCUUAGAAUGCCAUUCUGAGGGAAUGUUUUAGCUCCUACUUCAGCAAAGGUUCUCUCCCAGCACAAGAGGAACCAUGUGUGUUUCUGUGAAGGAUCUCAGGUGGGGUUUACAUUAGACCAUAUCAGCGGAUCAUCAGAUUAACGUUUUUAAAAACGAUUAGCAUGCACACAGCAACGCCAAUACACGAUUCGCGUGCACACAGCAACGCCAAUACACGGAUACGCUAAUCACAUGACUAAUUCGGCACGUAAGUUGAAAUGUGUCAGUGCGGCUCAUCGCUUCCUCCUCAGCGGCUGCGCUCCAAAUCACUCCGCCCUGAACAGCGAGUGCCCUCUGGAGGGUGCGCACUCUGGCCCUGCGCAGCUCACAAAGCGCGCGCGAGUGAAGCGCACGAGCAGUGAUUCGGGACUGAGCCGCUGUGCGCAAGUCACUUACCACUUGCAAGUGGAAGGAUGGUAAGCCUAAAGACAAUCAUAACUACACAAUGGGCAGUAUUUGCAUCAGUAUUUGCAGUAUUUUCAUACUUUUAUACUCUUUAAUGAAAGGUGAUACAAGGCGGAAGUCCACGCCGUUUUUCAGCAGUCGCGUCACAUGACCAACGCCAGCGAAUCAGGAAGGUGGAUGUCACAGUGACGUUGUCCAAUGACGACGCCAGCUGGAGCUCAGCACAGCGUAUCCGCGUAUCCUCAAUGUUUACACAGCACCGGACCAGACACGAUCUGGAUUGAAUACGUGGACCCUGGCGGAUUCCCGUUUCCCGGCGUUUCCAGGCGUUUUAAUGUAAACGGACAGUGCAUCCGCGAAGAAAAUGAGACAGAUACGGUCUAAUGUAAACUUGGCCUCAGUCAUCCAGGUCAUCGUAAACCGUAGGUGCUAAAGAAGGCAAGUGGCCUUACUUGAAAUCCUUGAAGAUGUUUCACCUCUCAGCCCAAAGGCUUCUUCAGUUCUGUCUGACUAGUGGGGAGUAAUAGGUAUUUAUCCUCUAGUGGACCAAAAGCAACCCUAAUGAGAGUUGUUGAGGUCACGUGGGUUGUUGACCCUCUCAGUCAUCCUGUAGGUUGUUGGGGUCCCUGGAGGCCGGGUGUGAAUGGUGUUAGCAGCCUAGAGGGUCGUUAGGGUGAUCUGUGGGUCGCAAGUCCACAGUGAUUGGUCUGGACACAAGUGUAUUUUGAUUGAACAUGAACCAAUGCAGCACCGGCAACCACCAUUUUUGAAAAUCCCUGUAAAACGUUCACUGUGUGAAGAACAGCUCUUAACAUUUGCGUUAAAAAAUGGGCAGGAAAACAUGGACAAAUAACCCAACAGUGGAUCCAGUCUUUAUUGCGCGUAUACAUGAUGGAGGAAAUACAGCAUGAUUUUGAUGCGUCUACACAAAAUAUAACAGUCUUCGCUACCAUUUCCUGCUAAUGUCACGCUAGCAAACUGGGUUACGUAACUUCAGCGGUCUUGCUGAAAAUACAAAAAAGCCCUUGAAGGUAUGUAGUUCUCUGGGGAGAUGCCCAAUGAGUAGAUCCUCUCAAUGAGUCCUUAGAACCGUUUGGUCCAAAAGCACCUUAUAAUGCACCCAAGCUAAUACAGCAGUAUGCUGGGUAGUAAAUUUAGAUAGCUAGAGUUACACGUUAACUGCUUUAACGUUGAUCCAGUGCUGCAACCAGCAAGAAAAAAAAAACAGCAGGUGUUUCUCAAUGUCAAGGAAGGAUUCUUAAAGCCAAACAAAACCCAAAAAAUAAACGUGUUUGCCGAUUACGGCAAGUGCCCUGAUGUAACCCCCUGUAUGUUUUCAUUGAAAAUAAAACUUUAUAAUAAUUUAUCAAUUUUAAAAGUUGUAAUAUUGCUAAGAAUAGGCUUCCCUGGGUGCAGCCAUUUGCGCUUAAACCAGAUAUCCACUUGUGACGUAGCUGACAUGCUGGUACACCGUUUGCCUGAGUAACACAAGAUUGAGACGGCCCCAGGAACCAGUAUCUUUGUAUAUUGUACAGUUUUCUUAAGUAAUCAGCGUAUUUUGCUGUGCUGACCUGCUGUGAAGUGGUCUUCACAAACUACCUUGUACUUGUCGAAAUGGAAUUUGUCCACAGUGACGUGUGUUGAUGAAAUGCAGCCAUUUUGCUGCUUGCUCCGUCAAAGGAAUAUUCUUUAUAGGAUUGAGGAUGGCAAAAAAACGAUUUCCCUUUAUGACUUUCAGGCUUAUUUUUACACCCGAAUGCUUGACACUCGGCAUCUUCAGGGUCGUUUACAACUAUAUAGAAGUGAUGGAUCCAUUAGAUCUCAGCCUUGGUAAAUCAUGUCGCAUGUAAGUGACAUCGCAAUCUCGGAUUCUCUUGCGUAAUUUGUACUCUGAGCGCAAUGUUUGAACCACGGAGAGAUAAAUGUCAGUGCCCAGGAAAGUUUUAUUUUUGAAAGAACAAUCUGUACAGAGUAUACAGAUACAAAUACGGACAAGUGAACACUCGAACAUGUCUUGUAUGGAUAUUAUGUCAAUAUAAAGGAGUUUAUUUUUUGGGAUUUGUUUGGCUUUUUAAGGGCUGCAUUUCAAGGAUCCCACGUCACUGAAUCCCACCAAACAACUUUUCUGAUAUCCAGGAUCCUUCAAAUUUUGCCAAGUCCUUUGCUCAGAGAAUUUUCAAGGACGCAUGUGUUCCUCCUCAUGGUUCUUAAAAUCACCCACAAUCCUAUGCACACAGAUGUACAACGCAGGACCUUUUCAGUGAUGGACACCUGCCUAGCCUCUGAAAGACCCGUCCUACCAAGGAAGCAGCCGAGACAUCGAAAGAUUUUCAUGCUAAAUAGGCUCAACCUAGCCAAAUAAGCGCAAAGUGUUUGGUUUACGUUAGCAUAACCUUGCUCUUGUUGACACCAGUCACUUAGCGAAAUCAGGACGUAGAUGACAGAUCCAGCGAUUUUGCUCUGAAGUCACGGACAGAACUCGCCGCUGUGGGUUAAUUCACCGCAGCAUGAAGCGGAGAGUUUAUUCCAGCUGGUAGAAUGUAAAGAUUAGCAGAGGAUAUUGUAUGUUUGAGCAGCUGUUGGCUAAUGUCAUGUUCUAAGCAAAUAUAGAAAACAUAGGAUUUUGGAUGAUUAUACUGUGAAUGUACAAGUCAGUGAGUGAUCAUGUAUGGGGUAGAUGGAGGGGGAGGGGCAAAACAUUGUACAGAGCAACAGAUCGUCAAUAAACAUAGCUCCAAGAAGAGUUAACCUAAUAAAAUUGUACUUCCAUGAAA